GCUCAAGAUCAAGUUGGAGAGAAGAAUCUUUAUUCUCACAAACUUCAUCUUGUUUCCACAACUAUUCUCAUUGGGAAUGGACAAUGGAAAGGUCUCUAGCUUUAUCAUGACCAAAAACCUCCUCCUCUUUUGUAUUUCCUUGAACUUAACCAGUCACUUCGGCUUUUCACAAAUGCCAACGAGUUCAGUGAAAGCGGAGACGAAUGACAACAUCACAGUGUUCACCAGGAUUUUGGACGGGCUGCUGGAUGGCUACGACAAUAGACUGAGGCCUGGGCUGGGAGAGCGAAUCACGCAGGUCCGGACCGACAUUUACGUGACCAGCUUCGGCCCAGUGUCAGACACAGAAAUGGAAUACACCAUCGACGUGUUCUUCCGGCAGAGCUGGAAAGACGAGCGGCUGCGCUUCAAAGGGCCCAUGCAGCGCCUGCCUCUCAACAACCUGCUCGCCAGCAAAAUCUGGACCCCGGACACGUUCUUCCACAACGGGAAGAAAUCCAUCGCCCACAACAUGACCACGCCCAACAAGCUGCUGCGGCUGGAGGACGAUGGCACCCUGCUGUACACCAUGCGCCUGACCAUCUCCGCCGAGUGCCCCAUGCAGCUGGAGGACUUUCCCAUGGAUGCCCACGCCUGCCCUCUGAAAUUUGGUAGCUAUGCAUACCCUAAUUCUGAAGUUGUUUAUGUCUGGACCAAUGGUUCCACCAAGUCUGUGGUGGUGGCAGAAGACGGUUCCAGAUUGAACCAGUAUCAUCUCAUGGGGCAGACAGUGGGCACGGAGAACAUCAGUACCAGCACAGGUGAAUACACAAUCAUGACGGCUCACUUCCACCUGAAGAGGAAGAUUGGCUACUUUGUCAUCCAGACCUACCUGCCCUGCAUCAUGACAGUGAUCUUAUCCCAGGUGUCCUUUUGGCUCAACCGAGAAUCUGUGCCAGCCAGGACAGUUUUUGGGGUGACCACAGUGCUGACCAUGACGACGCUCAGCAUCAGCGCUCGGAACUCGCUGCCCAAAGUGGCCUACGCCACGGCCAUGGACUGGUUCAUCGCGGUGUGCUACGCCUUUGUCUUCUCUGCCCUUAUCGAGUUUGCCACGGUCAACUACUUCACAAAGAGAGGCUGGGCCUGGGACGGCAAGAAAGCCCUGGAAGCAGCCAAGUUCAAGAAAAAGGAACGUGAACUCAUCCUCAACAAAUCAACCAAUGCUUUCACGACUGGGAAGAUGAACCACCCCCCAAACAUCCCCAAGGAACAGGUGUCGGCAGGGACCACCAGUGUGUCAUCCGGGCCUGCAAAACUUCCCGAAGACAAGGCCUCUGACAACAAAAAGACUUACAACAGCAUCAGCAAGAUUGACAAAAUGUCCCGAAUUGUGUUCCCUGUCCUGUUUGGGACUUUUAAUUUAGUUUACUGGGCCACCUAUUUGAAUAGGGAGCCAGUGAUUAAAGGGGCCGUCUCCUCGAAGUAAGACACCUCCAUCCUAAAUCCCAGGAAGCCAUACUUCCGGUCAAAUGGUACCCAGGAUAGGCUGGGCUCCAAAAGACUCUCUGUAAUUUCAGCACUCUCUUUCAGGAAAAAAAUUUUUUUGCAUGUUUAAUAAUAUGUACAAAUAAUAUUGCCUUGAUGUUUCUACAUGUAACUUCAGAUGUUUUGAAGAUGACCCAUUGGUAAAGCCAACAACUUUCUAGGAAAAAAAAAUAAAAUAAAAUAAAAAACAGGAGGCUGUGACUGACAGACACUCAGUAUCUUAACAUCGAUAGUUUACAAACAAGAUAAGUAUAUUUUUCACAGUUCCAAGCGUUAAUCUAAUGAUGUUUUUUAUACUUCGAAUGUCAUUUCAUACAAAUUUUUUCCCAG